AUUAAUAAUUGGUCAAAGUCAAAUGAAGCAAAUGACAAACCAGCAAACAAAAACCUGUGAAAUAAAAAGAUGGUAGUACAAUAUACUAAGCCACCCAGGAUUUGCCAACUUCAUAAGUUUAUAUAGUAGCAGUACUCCAGCUUGAACCUACUCACUAGUCACUUCCUCUUAUUUUGUCUCUCUAUUUCCCCUUUUUCUCAACCUCUGUCUCCUCCACUUCCCUCAACUUUCUCUCUCUACACAAAAAUGGCGUCCGCCUCAACAACAACCCAACAUAACAACAACAACAACAACAGCAGAUCAGAAGCUCACUACAGAGGCGUAAGAAAGCGUCCAUGGGGUCGUUACGCAGCUGAAAUACGAGACCCAUGGAAGAAAACCCGGGUUUGGUUAGGUACAUUUGACACACCAGAAGAAGCUGCACUAGCAUACGAUGGUGCUGCACGCUCACUCCGUGGUAUUAAAGCUAAAACUAAUUUUCCUCUUCUUUCAAUUCCGCCACCACCUCCGCCGCCACCACAGCCGCAUAUUCCGUCGCCAUCUCCGCCGUUAUCGCUUGACCUUAAUCUUCGUCCUAAUACUACUACAUGGGUUGCUGGUUCGCCUUUCCAAGGUCGGUUUGUUGAGUAUUUGCGGGUCGGUUCGGGUUCUGUUGUUGGCUCUAGGAGGGUUGAUGGGUUGGGCUUAGACUUGGGUUUGAAAAGAGUACGUGGGCUUUCUGUUGACUUGAAUGAGCCUCCACCUGGUUGUCUUUGAAUUUUUUUUAUUCCCAAUAAGGAUAAUUUUUCUUAAAAAAGUAGGAGGGAAAUUAAAUUUUAGGGUAUUAAAACAAGAGGUGAAUUGUAACGACCUCUGAAUUAAGCCGUAUUUAUUUUAUGGACCAAAAUAUUGAAAACAUAUAAAAUUUGUGUUUUUGAUU